GCUGCCACGCUCUCCACAAUGCUUCUGACUCUAACCCAUUCACCUCUCAUUGCACUUCAUAUUCGCAUUGUUGACAACUCCUCGCCCUUGCCUAUCGAACCGAGGCCACGCGCCCGACCUUUGAGACCCAUGACCACAUCGGUAUGACACAUCUAAAUCCUGCCCUGCCAACAACGUAACCCGAACCUACCUCGAAGUCGCAGCAUGAAAUCCGACCCUCAUCACUGAUAUGUCCACUCUGCCCGAAGAACGUGUCCUGAAACCUCUCGAUCCCGUCCCAGACGAUGUCAACACUUGGCCAGAUUUCAUGUUAAGAGAAGCCAAAGUGUUCUAUCAGGGAAAGGGCCGAUAUGCAGACUUGCUGCAGGCGUCCGAUGAGACACCGCUUUGUGUGCUCGGCGAGCUAAUGCCUCUGGGCGAUGAACAUGACGAUCUAGUAUUGAUUGACAACCCACUCCAUGCACGGAUAAAGAUCGACAACGUUACAAAUUACAGCUUCGGACAACAUGACGAUGGCAAGCCUUGUAUAUGGGCUGCUGGGAAAGCAGGCUGGUACGAGAUCGUCUCGCCCUCGGAUCGCUACCUGAGCCAUUAUAACGACACGGUCGAGGCCAUCGACUUAUUCUAUUUCAUGGUCGACCAGCAUCAGAGACUGCCAAAGACGCGACAACGGUUUGGAUUCAGAAUAGAUCCAUUUCUUACAGAUUACCAGCAACACACUGGAUACAGAAUCGAUGACGAUGACGAGGCGAUGGAGACAAUACACAAGCAUCACAGAUUCCUUCUCAGGAACAUGAUCGAGGAGAGGGAAGGUAUAAACUGGUCCCAGACCUACCUUUGGAAGCACUUGGCCGAGACUUACUCCGAGGAAUUGGAGGAACUGAAGUUAAUCCUGGCUCGGCUGAACCAGUCCAUGGCAGUCGCGGAGCCAGAUUUGGCUGAUGGGGACGACGUGGACGACGAGAACGACGCUGAGUCAGAGGAUGACUCUUCCACCUCAGAGGAGUCGGAGCUCGGGGGGAAAUCCGAAGCAGAUUCUGAAGACAGUGCAAGCACGCCUACAGAAACGAAGCCUGAGCCAGUCGACUGGACCAAACCAAUAUGGGAAAUGCUCAACGUACUACGAAAAUCAGCCAACUUCAAUAUGCGGCAUUGUGGGAUCGACGAGGCUGCAACGGAACUAGAGAAACUAGCUGCUUUCGAAGGUACACACGAUGACGCUGUGGCUGCUUUCGAGCGAUCCGCCGACGAACUCCUCCGACUUAUGAAUGAGGCCAAACUUCGCAAGAAGUUCAAUUGGUCUACCCGGAGAAUCUAUGAUGAGCUAGAAGCCACUCUAGCAGGAGAAGUCGCCGACGAGACCAUGAAGACGCCCGGCAAGCCGGACAAACAGCGUCAUCGCAUGAAAUCUGUCUUGCGGCCUAGUGGCGCUAGUAAAGCUCACAAACGCGCUCGAGGUGCGGCCGAUUCUCUGGACGAGGAUGAAGAGAUGAGCGACAUACCAGCACCCUCGCUGGUGACCCGUCGACAAGCGCCUCCGCUCCCCACCCGUUUGAGAGAAGCGACAGCUGACUCGGCGGGCAGUCGUGAAGAUAGUCCAAGUCGACAGCUCAAUGGGCAUUAUGACCCUGACGCAUUGCCAGAACUUCCACCCGGACCCGAAGCGCAAGAGAUGCUAGAUCUUGUCACCCAAGAAGCCAAGCGAGUCGGCAGGCAGUAUCAAAUAGGGCAUCUGCAGUCCUUCUUAGGGCAUUGGGCUGCAUGACUUUUGGCAUAAGCGAGGCUUCGGAGAUGGCGCAAAGCAGCAGUGGCGCUGUGGUGGGCAUGUCGAAGUUGAUGUAUAACCGUGAUACCCCUUCUGCUUUUUGAUUAUAGCGACCAGACCAGACAUAGCAUUGAAUCAUCUUUUUCUUUCG